AUGAACACACGAUAUUAUUUGGGUCUUCUGCUCAUUUCUGCGCUUUUUUCGCAAGAAAUUAUAUCAUCUGAAGAAAAAAUUAGUGAAUCAGCAGUUCCCCACAUACGUCAAAAGCGAACAGUACCACAUCCACCAAUUCCAAAUGUAAAUAAUAUGCGAAUCUAUAAUCCUGUCAGAGUCGUAAUUACAGCUAACUAUGAACCUGUAGGACAUGGCUAUGCAAUACGUGAAUUUAUCGUCGUUGCGCCAGCUGACUUAUUUCAUGCAGGGAUGCACCCUCGCCCGAUAAUGGUAGCAUCGCAUGAUGCAAAUCAUCCCUUGCGGUAUCACGCAAUAUUACACAGAGUUACACACCCAAACUUUAGUAUACAUACUAGAUUUAAUAAUGUUAUCAUGUUGGAAAUUCAGGGAGAGAUUAACAUGGAAGUAGGCAGUGCCGGAAAUGCGUUGCUCAGGCGUUAUGGAAACUACAUUGAUAGCUUUAUAAUGCCACACGCGAAUGCGAUAUUUAAUGCCAGGGCUCAUGGUUAA